AUGGCCGACUUGGACCUGGAUGCUUCAUUUAUUCCAGCUCUACACAAACCAGCAGCUUUGCUUCCUAUCGCAAAACACCGCGAAAGCUUGCUAUAUGUCAUCGAAAAACACCCCGUCACCAUCGUCAUAGGCCAAACAGGCUCUGGAAAAACAACUCAGAUCCCGCAGUUCUUGGACCAAGCAGGAUGGUGUUCAGAUGGGAAAAUAAUCGGUGUCACUCAGCCUCGCCGUGUUGCAGCAACCACAGUAGCGGUACGCGUUGCUGAAGAAGUUGGCUGUGAGCUAGGCAAAGAGGUUGGAUACUCAAUUCGCUUCGAGGAUGUGACCUCGGCCUCAACCAAGAUAAAGUUUCUCACAGACGGUCUCCUCAUCAGGGAGGCUCUUGUUGACCCGCUGUUGACGCGCUACUCAGUCAUCAUGGUUGAUGAGGCACAUGAGAGAUCUAUCAGUACCGAUGUCUUACUGGGUCUUCUAAAGAAAAUUCGCCGGAAGCGACCUGAGUUGCGUAUCAUCGUCAGUAGUGCUACCCUACAAGCAAAAGAGUUUUUGGACUUUUUCACAUCGAGCAGUGAUGAUCAAACCAACAGCAAGAACGGUGACAACGAGAAGAAAGAUGAGAUUAGUGCCAUCGUAAGUCUUGAGGGAAGAACAUAUCCCAUAGAUACACUAUAUCUAGAGUCACCGGCAGAAAACUAUGUCGAGAAGGCUAUCGAUGUCGUUUUCGACAUACAUACCCAAGAAGGCGAAGGAGAUAUACUAGUCUUCUUGACUGGUAGAGAGGAGAUUGACAAUGCAAUACAGGCAGUCAGCGAGCGCAUGAUGGAUCUUAGUUCCAAGUACGGCCCUUUGAUGCCAUUGCCACUAUAUGCCGGCUUGUCGACAGAACAGCAGAUGUAUGUGUUUGACAAGCCAUCUGAGGGCACUCGAAAGGUCGUAUUCUCAACAAAUAUUGCAGAAGCGUCAGUCACAAUCGAUGGAAUCGUUUUCGUGAUUGAUAGUGGCUUUGUGAAAUUGAGAGCAUAUGAUCCAAGGACAGGCAUAGAGUCACUCACUGCCACACCGGUUUCCAAGGCAGCUGCAUCUCAACGUGCUGGACGUGCUGGACGAACAAAACCUGGAAAAUGUUUCCGGUUAUAUACCGAGCAAAGCUACCAAUCAUUGCAAGAUGCCAAUAUUCCUGAGCUACAGCGGUCGAAUCUGGCACCUGUUGUUCUCCAACUCAAAGCUUUGGGUAUAGACAAUAUUGUGCGGUUCGAUUUUCUCUCCCCACCACCGUCUGAACUUAUGGCAAAAGCCCUCGAGCUACUAUGCGCCCUUGGAGCUCUGGACGAAUAUGCCAAGCUUACUCGACCGAUGGGUUCGAGGAUGGCUGAGCUAGCUGUUGAACCGAUGAUGGCCAAAACGUUACUGGCAGCACCAUCAUUUGGAUGCCUUAGUGAGAUGUUGACCAUCGCUGCCAUGACAAGCCUCGGAGGCAGUGUGUGGUUCUCACACGAGGGUGAAAGAAAGAAGAUGGAAACGUCACGCAGAAAGUUUGCCGUCGAGGAGGGCGACCAUCUGACACUGCUCAACGCCUACCAAGCCUUUGUCACCAAGGGCCGGAAAGAAGCAAAGUUUUGUCACGAGAACAACCUCAACUACAAGUCGAUGAGUCGAGCGAUCAGCAUUCGAGCACAACUAAAACGGUAUCUUGAACGAUUCAGUAUUAAUGUGGAUGAAACUCUCGCCGGUCAAAUAUCAUCGGAAGACAACGCCAAAAAGGCAGAGCAGAUCCGCCGUUGUCUUACAUCGGGCUACUUUGCCCAUGCGGCAAGGAUGCAGCCAGACGGGACGUUUCGCAACGUGGAGGGUAACAUGGUUCUUCACGUACAUCCGACUUCACUCAUGUUCAACCGCAAGGCAGACUGGGUCAUCUUCCAUGAAGCGAUGGAAACUGGUAGCAAGAUAUUCAUCAGGGAUGUCACCAAGAUCGAGAAGACCUGGCUCUUGGAGUAUGCACCAGAGUUCUACCAGAUCACGACCGAUCGACGGGGAUGA